AUGACAUCUGGUCCAACAAGCCAAACAACAACUAUUGCCACAACAACUUUUGAAGAAAAUACAUCUACACCUUCUGAAACGUCAACAUCUGUAAGCUCAUCUGUGCCAAUGAAACAAACCUCAAUACCAGUCGUUACUUCAACCCAACCAACAACGCUAACAACCACAACUACGGUGCCAAUUACAACAGUUGUAUCUACAACAACUCCAGCUGAGUCAUCCACUGCACCUGAGAUUAGCACUGAGGGAGUUUCUUCAACAACAGAGCCCAUAACAGCCGAAACAACUCUUUCAACCACCACACCAGCCAUCCCAUCCACUACUGUCAUUGUCGAGGAGGGAAGCACUACUGUCCGAUUAUCUACAGGAUCAUCAGCACCAAUAAGAGUUGCCACAACUACUGCAUCAUCUACAAAUACUCAAACAACUGGAGAACCAACCACAACUGAGACUGUAACUGAAAAUGAAAUAACCACAUCUCAGACACCUUUGUCCACCACUACCAAGCCGCCAAAGGAGAUGACAUCUGGUCCAACAAGCCAAACAACAACUAUUGCCACAACAACUUUUGAAGAAAAUACAUCUACACCUUCUGAAACGUCAACAUCUGUAAGCUCAUCUGUGCCAAUGAAACAAACCUCAAUACCAGUCGUUACUUCAACCCAACCAACAACGCUAACAACCACAACUACGGUGCCAAUUACAACAGUUGUAUCUACAACAACUCCAGCUGAGUCAUCCACUGUACCUGAGAUUAGCACUGAGGGAGUUUCUUCAACAACAGAGCCCCUCACAGCAGAAACAACUCUUUCAACCACCACACCAGUCAUCCUAUCCACUACUGUCAUUGUCGAGGAGGGAAGCACUACUGUCCGAUCAUCUACAGGAUCAUCAGCACCAAUAAGAGUUGCCACAACUACUGUAUCAUCUACAAAUACUCAAACAACUGGAGAACCAACCACAACUGAGACUGUAACUGAAAAUGAAAUAACCACAUCUCAGACACCUUUGUCCACCACUACCAAGCCACCAAAGGAGAUGACGUCUGGUCCAACAAGCCAAACAACAACUAUUGCCACAACAACUUUUGAAGAAAAUACAUCUACACCUUCUGAAACGUCAACAUCUGUCAGCUCAUCUGUGCCAAUGAAACAAACCUCAAUACCAGUCGUUACUUCAACACAACCAACAACGCUAACAAUCACAACUAUGGUGCCAAUUACAACAGUUGUAUCUACAACAACUCCAGCUGAGUCAUCCACUGCACCUGAGAUUAGCACUGAGGGAGUUUCUUCAACAACAGAGCCCAUAACAGCCGAAACAACUCUUUCAACCACCACACCAGCCAUCCCAUCCACUACUGUCAUUGUCGAGGAGGGAAGCACUACUGUCCGAUUAUCUACAGGAUCAUCAGCACCAAUAAGAGUUGCCACAACUUCUGCAUCAUCUACAAAUACUCAAACAACUGGAGAACCAACCACAACUGAGACUGUAACUGAAAAAGAAAUAACCACAUCUCAGACACCUUUGUCCACCACUACCAAGCCGCCAAAGGAGAUGACGUCUGGUCCAACAAGCCAAACAACAACUAUUGCCACAACAACUUUUGAAGAAAAUACAUCUACACCUUCUGAAACGUCAACAUCUGUAAGCUCAUCUGUGCCAAUGAAACAAACCUCAAUACCAGUCGUUACUUCAACCCAACCAACAAUGGUAACAUCCACAACUAGGUUGCCAAUUACAACAGUUGUAUCUACAACAACUCCAGCUGAGUCAUCCACUGCACCUGAGAUUAGCACUGAGGGAGUUUCUUCAACAACAGAGCCCCUCACAGCCGAAACAACUCUUUCAACCACCACACCAGUCAUCCCAUCCACUACUGUCAUUGUCGAGGAGGGAAGCACUACUGUCCGAUCAUCUACGGGAUCGUCAGCACCAAUAAGAGUUGCCACAACUACUGCAUCAUCUACAAAUACUCAAACAACUGGAGAACCAACCACAACUGAGACUGUAACUGAAAAUGAAAUAACCACAUCUCAGACACCUUUGUCCACCACUACCAAGCUGCCAAAGGAGAUGACGUCUGGUCCAACAAGUCAAACAACAACAACUAUUGCCACAACAACUUUUGAAGAAAAUACAUCUACACCUUCUGAAACGUCAACAUCUGUAAGCUCAUCUGUGCCAAUGAAACAAACCUCAAUACCAGUCGUUACUUCAACACAACCAACAACGCUAACAAGCACAACUACGGUGCCAAUUACAACAGUUGUAUCUACAACAACUCCAGCUGAGUCAUCCACUGCACCUGAGAUUAGCACUGAGGGAGUUUCUUCAACAACAGAGCCCCUCACAGCCGAAACAACUCUUUCAACCACCACACCAGUCAUCCCAUCCACUACUGUCAUUGUCGAGGAGGUAAGCACUACUGUCCGAUCAUCUACAGGAUCAUCAGCACCAAUAAGAGUUGCCACAACUACUGCAUCAUCAGCACCAAUAAGAGUUGCCACAACUACUGCAUCAUCUACAAAUACUCAAACUACUGGAGAACCAACCACAACUGAGACUGUAACUGAAAAUGAAAUAACCACAUCUCAAACACCUUUGUCCACCACUACCAAGCCGCCAAAGGAGAUGACGCCUGGUCCAACAAGUCAAACAACAACAACAACUAGUGCCACAACAACUUUUGUAGAAAAUACAUCUACACCUUCUGAAACGUCAACAUCUGUAAGCUCAUCUGUGCCAGUGAAACAAACCUCAAUACCUGUCGUUACUUCAACCCAACCAACAACACAAACUACCACAACUACGGUGCCAAUUACAAUAGUUGUACCUACAACAACUCCAGCUGAGUCAUCCACUGCACCUGAGAUUAGCACUGAGGGAGUUUCUUCAACAACAGAGCCCCUCACAGCCGAAACAACUCUUUCAACCACCACACCAGUCAUCCCAUCCACUACUGUCAUUGUCAAGGAGGGAAGCACUACUGUCCGAUCAUCUACAGGAUCAUCAGCACCAAUAAGAGUUGCCACAACUACUGCAUCCAUUACAACUGCAAUCCCAUCUACUUCUAUCCUUGUCAAGGAUCAAAGUACUACUCCACUUCACAACAAUACUUCAGCUUUUGAGACAACCACAACAUUGUACAGAUCAUCCAUUUCACCAAUUACAGAAAAUCUUUCAACUAUCACUAGUACCACUUCUAUUGUUUUCCACUCAUCCACAUCUAUGGAGACCUCAAUCGCACCUAUUACUCAAACCUUGCCAUCUUUCACUGGCGUCCUUCCAGUGACUACAGUAUCUCCUGUAUUCUCCUCCACUUCUAGUAUUUGCUGCUUAGUGAAUGCCACAAAUUUUCAACCAGGUAGAAAGUCCUAUACUUCUUGA